GGAUGAAACAUUAGUUUUAGUAUUAAAAGUAUGUUAAAUAUAGUUUAAUUUUCAUUAAACAUAUUUGUUUCGUUAAAGCAGAAACUCUGAUUGCCGAUAAACCAACAUUUAUUUCCUUAGUUUUAUUCCUUUUCAGUAAGGCGCUCAUUAAAAUUAGAGUAUAUCAGUCUCAGAAUGCUGUCUGCAUUAAGAAACUGUUUCAUAAACUACAUAGCUAAGCCGCUAGGUUUAGUAGAAAUUCCGACAAGUAGAGCUGAAAUACUUCUGUCAAAUGAAGUAAGAGAAAAAUGGGAAAGGGAACAAGAAGAGUUAAAGAAGAGGAUGGUACUUGAAGACAGUGAAGAUUUGAAAUGUAUGGCUGGUUCAUGUGACCCUGAAUCUGUAAAGAAGAUGUACUAUGUAGCUGGUGUAGAUAUAUCAUUUGUGAAAGGUGAUGAUGUAAAUGCUUGUGCAGCAGUAGUUGUUUUAUCAUUUCCUGACCUCAAGACUGUGUACAGUGACUGUCAGAUGAUACAAUUAACAGAGCCGUACAUCCCGGGAUUUCUUGGCUUCCGAGAAGUGCCGUUUAUUGUGGAUCUGUUUGAGAAGUUAAGAAAAGAUCAGCCGCAGUAUAUACCUCACGUUGUUAUGGUGGAUGGCAAUGGUAUACUGCAUCCUAAAGGAUUUGGUUCAGCAAGUCACAUGGGUGUAAUUUUGAAUUUACCAUGUAUAGGUGUGGCUAAGAAACUGUUUCAGGUGGAUGGUCUAGAAAAUGACAGUGAGCAUAAGCAAAAGAUAGAAGCAUUAACCACUGGUGGUGACACAUUCCCAUUGAUAGGUAACUCAGGAAAAACUUUAGGAAUGGCAUUACGUAGCUGCAAUAAUACAAAGAAUCCAGUCUAUGUGUCACCUGGCAACCUGGUUACCAUGGAUACAGCUGUAAAACUGGUUCACAAAUGUUGUAAACACAGGGUACCAGAACCCGUUAGACUGGCUGACAUAAAUUCACGAGAAUAUUUGAGGGACAAUUUCAAACCAGAGGCAGCUGCAAAUACUUGAUAAACAUUUCAUAAAUUAGAGAAUAGUUUCUGUGAUCUUUAUUUAUUUCAUGCUUUCCAGUGUUUUAUUGUAAUAUAUCAGAUGAUUAUAUUCUGAUAAACCACUAGUGAAAUUUAUAAAAUAUAAUUUUCACUGUAGCCGGACUAUAUCUGAAUGCGGAUGAAAAGAAAAUCAUAACUAAAUGGAAUAACAUGCAAAAAUAAAUGCCGUCAUACGUAAAUUUUGCUUCUUUAGGAAAAGUAAGUCGAACUCACCAUAAAUCAUGUUAAAAAUGUAUCAAAAUUAGAGAAAUUUAACAGAACUGUAUUUCAAAAUUGAUUAUGUGACGUCAUGAUAUGAUGACGUCACAAAGGAGAAUGCGCGACGUUACGCGGCAAAAUCAGUACAAAAUACUUAAAAUCACUUAAAAAACAUGAAAUAAAUAGAAAAUUUAUUUGUUUUACAUAUAAGAUUGAAAUAUAUUUCAUUCGUGAGCACCAGCUAUUAUAUUUUCACUCGUGGCUACGCCACUCGUGAAAAUAUUGCAUCUGGUGUUCAUUCAGUGAAAUUAUAUUUCAAUCUUACAUGCAAAACAAACAAAUAUCCUCUAUAUAUCAAACUUCCAGCCUGUGAUAUUUAUUGACAAUGCAAACAUGUUUUAAGGUGAUUUUCAAUGACAGUGCCUUCAGUAGAAAUGCACUGUUUAUCAGUUAGGUUUAUCAGUGUGCCAUGGUUAAUAAUGGGAUGUUGGUUAAUCACUGUGCCUUAGUGAUAUUAAGUGUACCUUAUGACAUUAAAUAAUAGUGCCUUGGCUUAUCAUGUGUAAUUACUAUUUUAAGUGAUCAAAAAUAAAAUUUGAAUUUCUUACAUAGAUCAGCUGGAGCACUUGAAACAAAAAGACAUAAAAAAGAUAAUCAAGACAUAUAGUAUAAUCCUUAACCCAUUACCCGAUAUACAUGCCUUUUAAUGCCUUUUUCAGCCCCUCCCCCCCCCCCACCCUUUUUUGUUGUCUCAAAUGGUGAAAAAAUGCCAUAUUUAGGCCCCCAACACUAAGUCUUGUUUUUGUUUGAGAAAUGAUGUUUCAAAAAGUGAGCACUCUUUUUCGGCACGGCCAUGGUAAUAGGAAAUGAAAGACUGAGCAUGUUGUUAAAAAGGCUAUGGUCCAGUCAACAUUUGUGCCAAGUUUGAUUAGUAUUAAAGUAGGUUUUAUAGUUUUAUAGCAAUUUGAACUUGUAACAGGAGACUUUUCAAUGAAAACAGCCAUUUUUCACCAAAUGCUCGUGCAGUAAUGGGUUAAACAUUAAUUGAAAAUCGUAUUUUGUGCUAUUCUUAGUCCAAAUUUUCUGAAAUUCUGCACACAAGUUAUUGGUCUGGACCAACAUCAAAUUUAACAAUUUCUUUCUUUUUUUUAUCACCAACCUUCUUCUACCUGUUAUUUAUGGAGUUUGAAAUAUAUGUGUACAUUUGUAUUAUCAAUAUAUUACAGGUAAAUUUUGCAGAUAUUAAGUGUCUAAAGCUAGGUUAAAUCCCUUCAUUUGUACACUUGACCACAUUUUGUGCGCUUAGAUGUUUGUUACCUGGAACUUCAAAAAAAAGGGGGGGGGUCCCCAUCUGAUGCAAGGUUACAAACAAACAUUUACCAUCGUAGCUCCUUUCACAAUAGUGUUCAACUUGUUGCACUUGUUAUUGAUGUAUUUGCUAAGCUAUGAUUAUGAAAAUGUGUUUGCACCUCAGGAUUAGAUGGGGGGGAAAAACCCACAUUUGCCGAGUUCCCGAUUACCACUAUUAUAAUAAUUUUUUGAAUUCCUUAACAGCUUAGUGAUACACAGACCUAGGGGUGUGCUGUGUUAAAGCAACAUGCCUCCAGAUUCAUGAAAAUCUUGAAAUCGUAUUUGAUAGUAAAAUAUUAAGAAGUGAACAAAGAAAGAAAUUCACACAUUGCAAACCACACUUACAAAUUCACGUAAAUUAUCAAAUUGUGGUCAAAAUAUGCAAAAAAGCCCUGACUGCAUUAGUAACACAGUAGAAAUAUGGUGAUGAAUACUGUUAAAUCAGUCAAAAAUCGCAUAUAACAUGUAAAACACUACAUAAAUCUUGAAUAUUUUUACUUUUCUUAAAAUCCUAGUACACUUUUCUCAAUUCCGAUUUCAUUGAAAUAUUUUGGCUCAUCUUGGGGCAUGCAAUACAAAAGACAGUUAUAAAAGUAUAUAAAAAUAAAAUUGCAAAAUUUUAGAUUUUUUAAGGAAAAGUAAGAAUUUGUUUAAGGAAAACUAAGAAAGAAAAGGAAAAAGAAAAUAAAUAACUAUACCUUUAUCAAAUGUAGACCAAUGGAGCCACACAAGAUUUUGUUUCAUCUCUACAUUUAUGUAUAAUAUAUUCACAAACGGAGAGUAAAGUAGGUGCAAAUAACUGGUGAUUUUCUUUUUUACUGUAAAUUUUGGUAUAAUUGUGUGCAAUUUUUUGUUGUACGUUUGUUAGGUAGUGAUAAUUAUCUGUUAAUUUACGAGUAUCCCUAUUGAUUAUGGUUUUAAACAUGUUUAUUUUAUAUCAUAGUCUUUAUUUUAUGUUAUACCUUCUGGUAAAUUUGUUACGAUUAUGCAUUUUACCUGGUGUAAAAUUUAUACCCAAUUUCCGCCAUCCUGUUCUAUGUUAUCAAAUGUGUUUUUACAUUUUCAUCCUUUACCGAGAAUGAUCUUGUCAAUCUUUUUUGCCUUUUAUAUUACAUUUUUUGCUCGACUGUUCGCAGAAUAAUCAAGUUAAAGCAGUCACCCAUAUGUUGGCGUAGGCGUCCCUGUGGUUAAGAUUUUGGAUGUAAGCUGGUAUCUCCAUAACUACUGAAGGGAAUGGAUUGAAACUUCACACACUUGUUCUCUGUGAUUAUCUUACAUGAUUGGCACAAGUCCCAUAACUCUUGAUUUUUUUCCAUAAUUAUGCCCCUUUUUCGGCUUAGAAAUCCUUGGUUAAGUUUUUGCAUGUAAGCUGGUAUCUCCAUUACUACUGAUGGGAAUGGAUUGAAACUUCACACACUUGUUCUCUGUGAUUAUCUUACAUGAUUGGCACAAGUCUUAUAACUCGUGAUCGCUUUUCGUCCGGCGUCCGUCCAUCCGUCCGUAAACUUUUACUUUAAAUGACAUCUCCUCAUAUACCACUAAGCCAAUUUCAUCCAAACUUCACAGGAAUGUUCCUUUGGUGGUCACCUUUAAAAAUUGUUCAAAGAAUUUAAUUCCAUGCAGAACUCUGGUUGCCAUGGCAACCGAAAGAAAAAACUUUAAAUAUCUUCUUUUAAAAAACCAUAAGAGCUAGAGCUUAGAUAUUUGGCAUGAAACAUCUUCUAGUGAGUGUCUACCAAGUUUGUUCAAAUAAAAGCCCUGUGGUCAACAUUGGCCCCGCCCCGGGGGUCAUUGAUUUUCCCUAUAUGCAUAUAGUAAAAACUUAAAAAAUCUUCUUUUAAAGAACCCAAAGAGCUAGAGCUAAGAUAUUUAGCAUGAAACAUGUUCUAAUGGGUGUCUACCAAGUUUGUUCAAAUAAAAGCCCUGGGGUCAAAAUUGGCACCGCCCCGGGGGUCAUUGAUUUUCCUUAUAUGUGUAUAGCAAAAACUUAAAAAAUCUUCUUUGAAAAAACCCAAAUAGCUAGAGUUAAGAUAUUAAGCAUGAAACAUCUUUUAGUGAGUGUCUACAAAGUUUGUUCAAAUAAAAGACCUGGGGUCAAAAUUGGCCCCGCCCCGGGGGUCAUUGAUUUUCUUUAUAUGUGUAUAGCAAAAACUUAAAAUCUUCUUUGAAAAAACCCAAAUAGC